AUUUCAAAUCACUCAUAACCAAUAUUGAAUAUUUUAUUCAUCUACGAAUGAAGAGUAAUUGCUUUACCAAAAAAUGGAAAUUAAUUUUUUGCUAAAGCCUGAACCCAAUUACAUCAAACAUAGACUGUUUGCAGGCUCUGCACAGGCUCGGGCAGAGCAUCCGAGGGAGGGAUGACAGUUCUCAGUGAGUUCUCAGUGGGUUCACUUUUAGAAUCUAAUUGACUUAACGGGGCCCAUCUCCCCAUCUCUCUCUCUCUCUCUCUCUCUCUCUCUUUCUGUGUUCUAAUUCCAUUUUGAAAAAAGGGUCUCGAGUCUCAACUCUUCAAGUUGCUUAAGUCUCAGAGUAGGAGUUGGUGGAUUGCUCGUCAGGGUUCAGACUCGACGCCAAUAAUUAUUUAAAUUAAAAUAGAGAAAAGCUGGAGUGGACGAAGGAGAAAGGGAAGCCAUUUGUUCAUAUAAUUACAGGGAGGUUGCGGUCGAAGCAGAUGCCGCCGAAUAUUGUCCACGACGUAGAUGGAUUGCCCAGGAUUAUAUUGACGGAGCCCGGUGGAUCAUCUGCCGAGGUUCUACUUUAUGGUGGGCAAGUUGUGUCUUGGAAGAAUGAACGUAGGGAAGAACUGCUGUUUAGGAGCAGCAAGGCUAUUUGGAAACCACCUAAAGCCAUCAGGGGAGGAAUACCUGUCUGCUUUCCUCAGUUUGCUAAUUUUGGAUCCCUAGAACAACAUGGAUUUGCUAGGAACAGAUUGUGGUCAUUAGAUAGUAGCCCUUCUCCUUUACCUCCAACUAAUAGCCAGUCUAAUGUGGAUCUCAUUUUGAAGUCCACAGAAGAGGAUCUGAAGACGUGGCCACGCAGUUUUGAGUUGCGGCUUCGUAUUUCACUCAGUGCAGGCAAACUUACUUUGAUCUCUCGAGUGCGGAAUACUGAUAAAAAGGCAUUUUCCUUUACGUUCGCUCUGCGUAAUUACUUAUCUGUAUCAGAUAUAAGUGAGGUGCGUGUUGAGGGAUUGGAGACACUUGACUACUUCGAUAAUCUGAUGCAGAAAGAGAGGUUCACGGAACAGGCUGAUGCAAUUACAUUUGAUGGAGAGGUCGACCGAGUGUAUUUGAGCACACCAACAAAGAUUGCCAUCAUAGACCAUGAGAAGAAAAGGACCCUUGUGCUGAGGAAGGAGGGCCUGCCAGAUUCUGUUGUGUGGAACCCGUGGGACAAGAAAGCUAAAGCUUUGGCAGAUUUUGGGGAUGAAGACUACAAAACCAUGUUGUGCGUGGAUUCGGCUGUUGUUGAAAACCCAAUUGUCCUAAAACCAUCUGAAGAAUGGAAGGGUCGCCAAGAACUCUCAAUUGUCUCAUCAAGUUAUUGCAGUGGGCAAUUGGAUCCUAGCAAGGUUCUUUAUGGUUUUAUCUGACCCUUUCGGUCAAGGGUUGACAGGGGCUUUCCUGUAACAUAUAUUGAUUCUCUUAUUUGAUGUCCAAUAUACAUGCUGUAGCUCUUUGUGUAAUAUUUCCAUCGUAGUAGUUCUCCAAACUCACUUUAAAUGACAAAAUCAGUUAAUCUAUAAUAUGUAACCAGCUUUCAGGCUCACAGGGUUGAAGCAACAAAGGUUUCCCUCAGUCAUGUCCAUGCAGUUGUGGGGGGAAGCAAUGUAAACUUUGAAAUUUCAUAUUGCAAUGAUAAAUAGUGUGACAACCCAUUCAAACUUGUAA